AUUGUCACUCGGAGCUUUUCACGCAGCUCCUGAACUAAGCAACCCCUUCGCCCGCUUAUGCUUGCUCGCCCUUCACACGUGCUCACUCACUCCCGUCACGCGGCGAUAUAAACAGACCCCCUCCAUCCACACACACACACACAUCCGACCAUGGAUUCAGAAAGCUCGCAGGCGGGCUCAACGAGGCGACGAGGUUCAUCGCUCGUCCAACAAAUCAUCAACGAAGAACGCAUCGGCACCCGGAGGGCCAGCCCAAGAAGAAUGCCUUCCGACAUUCCCGAAGCCGUCCAUGCCGAGUCACCACCCAAGUACGACGACGAAGACACAAACCCCGUCUCAUCCGGCUCAGAUUGGGAGAUGGACGAUAUUCGAUCAGACGAAGGUCUCGAAGAUGACGAAGAGACGGGCUUGACAGCUCAGGAUCGCCAGAAGAGAACCAAGCGAAAGGGACGGAAUACUUUGGCUGAUGAGAGGAUCGUUCCGGAUGGCGAGAUCAGUAAAGAGGAGGAGCGUUUAGCUUCUGCGAGCUUCAUGCGCAGUGCAAUUAUAAAUGCGAUAUUGAUAGGGCUGUGGUACACCUUCUCAAUAUCCAUCUCCGUCUACAACAAGUGGAUGUUCUCAAAAGGGAACCUCGACUUCCAUUUUCCCUUGUUCACCACCUGCGUACACAUGCUCGUACAAUUCUUCCUUUCCUCGCUUGUCCUAUACUUUAUCCCCAACCUGCGGCCGAAACACAAACCAGCCGACUAUGCGCCAAUUUCACAAUCCGGAGACGGCGAUGCAACAGAGGCGCCUCGAAAGCCGCUUAUGACUGGCUGGUUCUACCUUACACGCAUUGGACCUUGCGGCGCAGCUACUGGCUUGGACAUUGGCCUCGGGAACAUGUCUCUCAAGUUCAUUUCCCUGACUUUCUACACCAUGUGCAAAUCAUCCGUGCUGGGAUUUGUGCUUGUCUUCGCCCUGCUCUUCCGCCUUGAGAAACCAUCCUUGAAGGUCGGCGCUAUCAUCCUCACCAUGAUGGCUGGAGUGGUCAUGAUGGUUGCAGGAGAGACAGCUUUUAGCGUCCUGGGAUUCGUCCUGGUUAUGAGUGCAGCAUUCUUCUCCGGUUUCCGCUGGAGUUUGACACAGAUUCUGCUUUUACGCAGCCCGGCCACCAGCAAUCCUUUUUCGUCAAUCUUUUUUCUGGCACCUGUCAUGUUUGUGGCACUGCUCGUAAUAGCAUUGCCAGUCGAGGGACCUAUCGAGCUUGUUGGAGGCCUGCGCGAAUUGGCAGAGUCCAGGGGCAUCGCUGGAUCUAUUGGCAUUAUUCUUUUCCCCGGAGUACUCGCUUUCCUGAUGACAGCAUCGGAAUUUGCGCUUCUCAAGCGCACCAGCGCAGUGACGUUGAGUGUAUGCGGCAUCUUUAAAGAAGUGUUGACAAUAUCAGCGGCUGGCUUGAUCUUCCACGACAAGCUCACGACAAUCAAUAUUUCUGGAUUGGUAGUGACUAUUGCCAGUAUCGCAGCUUACAACGUUAUGAAAAUGCGAACGAUGAGGGAUGACUCAAAAAGAGAGGCGCACGAGCAGAUGGCAGCCGAAGAGUCGAGACACUCGAUCGAAGAGAGCAGCGGCAAAGCUAGCAAGGAACAUACUAGGAAAGCAGGCACAGCAGGGGGGCUGAUCAGGAACAGUAUAAGUCUCAACAUUGCUCCGUUACUGGAACAGAACAACAAAGACAGAGCGAGCCCUGUCAAGCGACCAGAAGACUUGGAUUGAGCUAGUUUACUCGAUAUAUCAGCCGCACAGGCUUCGAAAUCUGUUUCAUUUGUCCAAG